UCGGUCACGCUAUGCCUUGCCAUUCCCGCAGACGUCAGCUUUUAUCGUAAUGAAUAGUGGGUAAAAACCUCUCAAGCGAUAUAAGAAACAGGUUCCUCGCAGCGACAUUAAACCAUAAUUACAUUCGGACUUUGCGCUGACACAUCAUUUAUAUGUUUCCUCGGUAGCGACGACUGGGUUAUUGAAUUCAGACUCGUUUCGUUUAAGCUCAAGCUGUGCCGGAUAAUAAAAUUACUGAAAGAGAAAACUGAUAACAGUCUAACAACACAACAACAACUUGAGUUGGAGCUACUAAAACUGUUGUCGGAGACGGAGAGAGCGAGUUAAACGCAGAUAACUUCAUAAAAGACGGCGUCACAUGAAAUUUUCCCAUUCAGCAAAGGACGGCAUUUUGGAUCCUAACUGAAAUGUGGCUAAGUCUGUCGGCUUCGUCCAUGGCGUUCAUUCCGCUGUUAUCUUGUUUAUUUCAACUCUUUGUCCUUCCUAGCAUCUGUGCAGAUACCCAAGGCCAAGCAUCCAGAAAUAUCUAUGUCUCGCUUUCAGGACGAGAUACAGAAAACUGCGGCUCUAUCGAUGAACCUUGUCAGUCAAUAUCGCAAGCAUUCUCCCUCAUAGCCCCGGGCGGAUUUAUACACCUGAAUGGGACAGGAACCGAUGAAAAACCAUUUAACUGUACCAAUCGGAUGGCGCGUAAUUAUCUUCCGGGACUUUAUCUCAAAAGGAGUGUAACAAUGAAAGGUUUUCAAUCCACCCCACAUGUGUCGUGCGCGGAAGGAAUCCACUUUGAAGGUGAACCUACGGAGAAUCGCUCGAAAUUCAAAAUGAUGGUGACUUUGUCUGGAAUUGUAUUCAAGGGAACUCCUAUAAAUUUUCAAGACUGUGGUCGAAUUCAUCUCAUAAACUGUUCUCAUCGAGAAUCUAAAACCGCUGUUAGUGUUCGUGCACUAAACGCCUCUAGCGUCACUUUCGAUAUCCAGGGUCCUUCUCUAUUUACAAACAAUUAUAAUUGUGUGGAAAUCUUAUUGCACAAUUCCAGCGUUCUCUAUGCGAGUAUCAGCCAAACAAAAUUUAUAGCAAACGGCAUUGAUGGACAACAAUUAGCGACGGGUAUAAUUUCCAUGACGAAAGUUGCAGGGAAAAGCGCAAGUCUGUCAGCAGCUGUUAAACUUUCAUGCUUCAAAAUCAGCUGUGUUGGUAACUGGGUUCCAUUUGUUGUUUUGGACCUUGGAGCAGCAGUGACCAAGGAGACAUACAGCCACAUUGAACUGGUGGACAACAACUUGAAAACGCCCUUCAGUAAGAAGAGCAGACGCUUUAAAGAUAGCAUGUAUAUAUCUCGAACAAGGAAAGUCGACGUAACGUUCACACACGUACACUGUGCUAACAACAAGAACGACCAAGCUCUAAGAUGUAUAAAGAUUUAUUCAGACGAGGCAAAAGUUUCCAUAGAUAAUUCCGCUUUUGUCGGGCAAAAUGCGAGCAAAGGCAAUGGUGGUGCUAUCUCCCUUGAAUCAAAAAAGCAUGCAUCUUUAGUUGUGACUAAUACCGUGUUUAAAAGAAACAAAGCUAACGCCGGUGGAGCUGUUUACCUCAACGUUGAUCGCCGUGCGACAUUGGGAAACAUAAGGCUGAGUUUUACCAAUGUUAACUUCACUGAUUGCGUUGCUACCACGGACGGUUCUGCUAUUCUGAUCGGGAAAACGCACAAGCCGCAGUCAAAACCAUUGACAUACGCUUUCUAUGCCUCACUUAAAAAAGUCAAUGUGGAAAACUGCGUCAGCCAUAAACUGAAGUAUCGAUUUGGAAGCUUUUGCCUCACGCUCCAUAGCGGACUGAUCAUUUUGGACGAGUUCAAUUGGACCAACACACGACAAAAUGCGGAGAGUGCUGUUUACAUCGGAACAACGGGAGGCAACACGAAUGUAACGAUCGUUCGAUCUUCAUUUGUUGGUGGAAAAUCCAAUCAAAGUGCUUUUGUUGGGGUCCAGAUAUUUGGAAAACAGAGAGGAAUCGUCACGGUCAAAGAUACUACCAUGACUAACAAUACGGAAGGCGCUCUAGAUAUCACGCCUAAAUGCAAAAUCAGACUUGAAAACGUCACAGUAGCCUCGUGUAAGUACGGACUGCAGUUGUCCAAAAGAUGGCUGAGUCAGGAAACAGAUCCAUUCCGUGUCAACAUUUCCAUCGCCAGUUGCAGAUUCAAGCAUAAUGUCUACGACUUAUCAUUAAAUAUUAGCAAUCCGCGAUCAGUUUUUUUAAAAGUUAUUGACUCUAUCAUGACAGGUCGGCCAAAUCACGGUGAUAAAAAAGGCUACGCAAUUGGCCUCUUUGUUCCACCUUUGAAGAACACGAAUUCCUCCAGCGUUGCUGCCAUUGAACUAGACAGAGUAACUUUUCACUCUCGGCCGUCCAGUAUCUUUGUGCUAUAUUUUAAGGGAAAUAAAACACUAACAAUACGUCGAACAGUAUUUCGAUACUGCACUGCUCUUAGUAGACAGCACUUGAACUUUGGAAAAAACACUUACAUCUACGAGACAUCAACAGGAGCUGUCUCGAUCCUCUCCAUUCCUGAUAAACCCUGGAAACUAGGAUGCGUGCAACAAGACGAUAUUAACAACACCCACCCUCUGUGGCGAUACGAAAGCCAAGUGUCCAUCGAAGAUACAUUAUUCCUAGAGAAUGCUGGGUUUUUCGCAGGCGCUGUGUAUAUCAGUAAUGGAAACACAACAUUUAGAAACUGUUCUUUUCAAAAUAAUUUUUCGAUUCGGAAAAGAGGGCAGGUGUAUUCUGCCUAUGGAACAGGCAGAGUAGAAUUCAAACAAUGUUCUUUCUCAAGCAGACAGAACAAUAAAGUUAUCGACAACAACAACUUAAAAAAUGCUGCGUUCUUCUAUUCCGAAAGUGAAGGGCCUAUUGUCUUUCGAAACACGACAAUGAUCUCGACCAUUCCAGAAAGGAAGUCGCACUAUGUUCUUGAAAUCUUUAGCGGAGGUUAUGUGGACAUCGAUUACAACACAACAAUACAGUGCAGCAAGGGGAGUAUGCUGACAUUUGAAAAUGCGUCACACUUUGCUUACACAGAGAAGAGGAAACGAUUCUGCAGAGUCAACGUUACAGUAAUUAGGUAUGCCUGCAAACUGUGUUCCUCCGGUUACUACAGUCUUGAAACCGGGAAGGCAAACGGUUUUUCUGUGAAUAACUCGUUUGAGUGCCACCCUUGUCCGUUAGGCGCAACUUGCAUGAGAAAUGAUAUCAACAUCGCAGCCAAAGCAAACUUCUGGGGAUACGAAAUGAGAAACUCACAUCCUUCACCAUCGUUGAAGUUUAUUCCAUGUCCUAACAACUACUGUCAAUCCCCUAGCAGGAAAUCCGCUGACUAUAACAGUUGCCGUGGAAACAGGACUGGAUAUCUCUGUGGCAAAUGCGCUUCGGGAUAUACAGAGUCGCUAUUUACCACGAGCUGUCGUAAAAUGAGUCAAUGCAGUGACUAUUUCCUAUGGUUGGUGGUCAUUCUGUUCUCGGCUGGAAUGGCACUAUAUCUACUGACUAAGCCACCAUUCUUGCAAUUCUUAAGUUUGCGGCAGAUCUUCUGGUUUAUGAAAAACAGAGAGCACAAUGAGGCCAGGGAGCAAAGAGGUCAAGUGAAUGAUGAAGAGACAGACAGUGGAUACUUAAAAAUCGUAUUCUAUUAUUACCAAGUUGCUGACUUGUUCGUGGAUGACUCACUCGCGGAAAAGCUACACGAACUCCCAUUCGUGAACAUUGUCUCAUCUGCAUACAACUUUCAAGUUGACUCUAUUUACAAAGGUAUUGGCUGUCCUUUUGUCGGAUUGACUGCAGUGACAAAACAGCUCUUUCUUUCUUUGGCUGUUUUUACUACAAUGGGGAAUGUUGUCCUCAUCUACUGCGUCCAUUUUGUUGUUAACAUGGUGCGAAAAAAGAGGAUUCCAUCAGUGCAUCAUUACAUGGCUGCUAUCUUGGAGAUUUUGUUGCUAGGCUACGACAGGCUCGCCGAAACCUCCCUGAACUUGAUGCAUUGUGUUCCCAUAGGAUCUGAGCACCGGUUAUUCAUCGAUGGAAACACUGUUUGUUGGCGAUCAUGGCAAUAUGUUCUUCUUGGCUAUAGCGUGAUCUUUGUGGUGCCCUUUAUCGCAGUUCUCUACUAUGGCUCUAAAAAGCUUCAUAAGUCGUCCAUUUCUGCAAGAACCUUUCUGGCGGCUUGUGUAGUACCUUUGCCAUUCCUUGCUUACUGGUUAUACAUGCACUUUUGCAAGAAGAGAAGAGAGGAUUCUGCAAUGAGGCCAAACGAUGACGAUGGAGCAGGGGAAAUCAUUAAAGUUUUGCAAGGGCCAUUUCGUCCUCCUAAUGAAGAAGAUCAAGGGACGCUGCACUGGGAGAGUGUUUUAAUUGGUCGUCGUCUAAUCCUUCUUUCAAUUCACUCUUUCAUCCCAAACGCCAUGUUGCGUGUUCUCUUCUUGGCUGUAGCUUGCGAGCUCAUGGCGAUCCAUCAUUUUGUCAGAAAACCUUUCCAACAUACCUCAGCCAACAGAGUGGAAUCGGUGUCCUUGGUUGUGCUGUCCAUCAUGGCAAUCAUAAACCUCACACAGGCCACUCUUUUGUCCUCUGGGACCGCUGCUGUGGGAGAAAACAGGCUUUACAUCGAGUGCAUGCAAUGGUUCCAAAUUGGCGUCUUGGGUUUUGUCCCGGCCUUGUUGGCUCUGCUUGCUAUCUUUGCAGCACUGUCGCUGCUAGUGCGUCUGGCCGUUAAACUCGUCAAAAAAGUCAUUCGGUUCUUUAGCCCUAAUAAUGUUCUUGUAACAGACCCUCUUCUGGACUACCAGAGACAAAACAUUCAAGAUGAUUUUAGCUUCGAUGAAAGAGGCGAUUAUUGACACAAUCUAUCAAGUAAUGAGUUCUUCAUGCAACUGUUUGCACUCGGCAACUCGAGAAAAAAUUUUUACUCAUCUAAAGAAACUUCAGCUUUUUCAGAAUUAUUUGUUAUUGUUGCUGUCGAUGAAGUCAAAUUGAAGAAUGUGAAUAUUUUAUGACAACUAUUUCUAUAAUUUGGGGCUUCUAGUCGAGUUCAAGUGCCCCAACGAGGAGGAUGGCCAAUGGAAACCAUGUUAUCGAAAAACUGACUACGAAGCUGUAAAAGUAAGAUUACCUAAGUAACCUUAGUUCAAAAUGCUCUUAGGAAAAUUUCCUUGCGUUGAACACUUCUUGUAAGUUUUUUAUGUGUUUAAGUUGGACGUAUUUGAUAGGCAAAUUCAUCUUUAGAUGCCCGCGAAAGUAAAACUUUACAGUGCUUUUGCAAGUUUUCAAACCCGUGAGAUGAAACUUGUUAGUAGAGGUAAAAUUAGGGAACAAUAAAUGAUGAUUAAACUUUGAAAAGUUUAAGCAA